AUGGCACCAAAAUUCAAUGACGCCGACUUUGCAGUCCUCAUUUCUUGCCUCAAAAACUCCUCGACCAAACUGACUCCAGAUUUCGAUAAAGUCGCAAAAGAAUGUGGCUUGAAGAGCGGUAGGGCUGCCUACCAUCGUCACUGGGGCAUGAUGAAGAAGCUUGGUUUGGUUGGGACCAGACCUGCGGCAGCAAAGGCCAAGAAGGACAGCAGCGCUGCGGCUACAAACAAACGUGCUUUCAUUAAGACUGAGGAGGGUGAGGACGGCGAUGUUGAUGGAGAUGAGGUUGAUGGUGAGGCGUCAGAGGAGAUGGAGAGCCCAAGCAAGAAAGCUAAGACGAGUGCCUAA